AUGUACCAGCAAAUUUCGGCUGCUCUUAUCACGUUUUUCGUGUCCAGUUUGGGCAUCUUAUUUAAUCUGGUAUUGGUGAUGUCCAUUCGUAAAACUGUAUCAAUGAAUGGAUCUUUUGGAAUAAUUACCAAGAAUCAGGCGAUUUGCAAUAUCAUGAUAUGCACUAUAUUUUUGGUAUUUGUUUUUCCGACGCAACUCAGCUCAUCUUUGCUUCUCAUCAGUAUUUCCAAUCAUUUUGGAACGUUCUCCUUGAUUAUAUAUGUGAUUUCAAAUCUAUCCCACUUAACGAUUGCAAUGAACCGAUUUUGUGCCAUGUACAUUCAGCACCGAUAUGAGCGCAUUUUCAGCAAACCAAACACAAUGGCGCUGAGAAAUUAUUUGUGGGUAUUUUCCAUAGUUUUUUGCUCGUGCUGGUAUGAAAUAUCAAAAUGCUUCUUUUUCUACGACCCUCGAACUUGGACAUUUGAGUUUGACAGUUCAGAUUUUUGUGCUACCGUAACCUGGUAUUCCGAUUUUAUUUUCAAUAUCGGGCUUGGUUUAUUAACUCUCUUGGUGAAUCUCGUAACGGCUUACAAAGGGCGAAAACUGUCGAGAGCUCUUAUUAAUGCAGCUGGCAUGGAAGUUUCCAAUGUCCUACGGAAGCGAGAAUGGAAUUUUGUGAGACAGGCGUGA